AACUUCAAAAAGCAGAGAGAGAGAGAGAGAGAGAGAGAGAGAGUUGAAAAGAGUGCGUGCUACCACGAAGUAGACAAAAAUAAGAGCGGCCCACGUUAGCAUGAGCCAUGUUAACGUGCACCAACUGGGCUUAGAAUCCAAGAUAUGAAAAGACAGAGAGAAAGGAAGGUAAAGAGCUGUUUGGGUGUUUGUCAUUUCCCAUUCUAAUGAGGAAACUCUGCCCAAAUCUCGACCGUGAAGAUGGUUUGGACACCGUUCUUGAAGUCCCCAUUCCUGAAGAAAUGUUCACAUACGCCACUCAUGCCAAUUCCAAGCCAUGGCAAUGCAUGAAGACUUGGAUGCGCUCUCACGUCGACCGUUCAUCAUCGUCCACGCUCUUCGGUGGCCGUAACGCAGAACUCCAGCUUUUGCUCGGCGUCAUCGGCGCUCCUCUCAUUCCUCUUCCAAUCCGCACCGACCACUCUCUCAAUCACAACAUAAAAGACCACCCCAUUGAAUCUUCGAUAGCGAAAUACAUAGUUCAACAAUAUAUAGCUGCAACGGGCGGCGAGAAGUUGCUUGAUUCGAUUCAUAGCAUGUAUGCAAUGGGAAAGGUUACUAUGGUCGCGACAGAAUUUCGCACCGGCGAUGCUAAAUGCAACAACAACAACAGCAACAACAACAAGUUGGUGAAGGUUAAAAGAGCCCGGCAUGGCGAGGGAGAGAUCGGAGGGUUCGUGUUGUGGCAGAAGCGGCCUGAUCUAUGGUGCCUAGAGCUUGUGGUGUCUGGGUGCAAGAUUAGCGCCGGCAGCGAUGGUAAGGUGGCGUGGAGGCAGACCCCAUGGCACCAAUCACAUGCUUCUAGGGGACCGCCGAGGCCCCUUCGCCGAUUGUUACAGGGCCUUGAUCCAAGAUCAACAGCCAACUUAUUCUCCAAUGCUGUUUGCAUUGGGGAAAAGGCAAUAAACGGUGAGGAAUGCUUCUUGCUCAAGCUCGAAGCGGAGCCGGCGAUGCUGAGGGCGAGAAGUAGCAACAAUGUGGAGAUAAUUCGCCACACGGUGUGGGGCUACUUCAGCCAACGGACAGGCCUUCUCAUCCAAUUUGAAGACUCCCAUCUUCUCCGAAUAAAGGCCCCCGGCGACGGCGACGAGAGUGUCUAUUGGGAGACAACAAUGGAGUCGUCGAUCGAAGACUAUAGGCCAAUCGAUGGUGUUAACAUUGCACAUUCGGGCCGCACUGCAGUCUCAUUGUUUAGGUUCGGCGAUAACUCUGAAAACCAUACUAGGACGCGAAUGGAGGAAGCGUGGACCAUCGAAGAGGUCGAUUUUAACAUAUGGGGAUUGUCCAUGGAUUGUUUCUUGCCGCCGGGGGACUUGAGGAAAGAACAAGGGUGCGAUGUAAUGGCGAAGGAUAAGCGUCCUCCUUUCGUGCCUCUAGCCUCUAAUAAGAUCAUCGGUUCGUCUAAGGUCGUGGCCAUCAACAUGGAUGACUCAUAUUCAAUCGGUGGUGAUGAUAAAGAAGAGAGAUAAAAAAAAUAAUAAUUGUUUUUUGUUUAAUGUAUAUACGUCUAUACUUUUUAUACAAUUUAAGUUCAAUAGAAGCAUAUAGUUUCAAAUUC